UCAUCCCAAAAAUCGUUCCUGCCGCUAGCCGGCGUAUUCCUACACGUUUAGAAAGAGGUGGGGCUAGUGGUACUGAGGUUCACGGCCUAGCCGGACACACUGUACCCGGACACUCUGCCCCCUGGAACGGCCAAGGCAAUACUGGACACUGA